AUGCACAAGAAGAGAAAUAAUGCUGAAACCUCCAACCAGCAAGAGUAUGACAAGAAACCUCCCUAUGGAGGAAAUAGUAAUGGCUAUGGCAAUGGAAAUGGCUAUGGGAAUGGAAGUGGCAAUGGUAAUGGCAGUGGCUACAGUGAAUGUCCCAAGAGGAAGGGGAAUAAUCGCCAAGGUCAUAAUGGAAACAAUGGUAGCAUUGGAGGCGGCUAUGGAAGGAACUCGAACAACAAUGCCAAUGGGCAUACCAACAAUGGUAAUGCUGGAGCAACAAACACUAACCAGAACAAUGGCAAUGGGAGGACCAGCAAUGGAUGGAUAUAUGUCAUGAACCAGAAUGAGGCUAGCAUCAAUGCCAACGUUGUGACGGGUACUUUUCUAGUUAACUCUAAGCCUGCUUACUUACUUUUUGAUUCAGGGGUGUCUCAUUCUUUUGUAUCCACUUCUUUUGUGAGUAAAAACGCAUUGAAACCUUCAUCGUCGUGUCAAGCCAAUAUAGUGAUACCAUCUGGGGAAGUUGUGCUUUGUAAAUCCCUAUACCAGAACAUUCCUAUUAAUGUAGCUGGGACUGAGUUACCUGCAGACCUUAUCCAGUUUAACCUGACUGAUUUUGAUGUAAUCUUGGGAAUAGAUUGGCUUAGUAAGUACAGGGCUAGAAUUGAGUGUCGCACCCAGAAAGUGUCUCUUAGGGGGCCAAAGGGGAAUAGAAUUUCUUACCAGGGAGUUGUGUCUAAGCCUGAACUCAGUAUUGUGUCAUCCAUGACUUUUCAUUCUUAUAUUAGGAAAGGUUACCCCAUAUACUUGUGCCAUGUGCAAGAUGUGAAUGUAGAAGAGAAAGUCAUAGAACAGAUUCCAGUAGUAAGAGAAUUUCAAGAUGUAUUCCCAGAAGAAAUCCCAGGGAUGCCACCAGCUAGGGAGUUGGAUUUCAAAAUAGAUUUAGUGCCUGGAACAGGAGCUAUUUCCAAGGCACCAUAUAGGAUGGCACCCGCAGAGAUGAAGGAUGCAGUUAGAGGAGUUGCUUGA